AUGCGAGGGAUAUACUCAUUAGGAAGACAUAAUAAAUUACACCGAAUGGUUCAGCGUAGCCGGAUCAAUCGAAGUUCCUCAGGAAAAAUGCCUUUCGAUUGUACAGGGAUUUUACUUUCAUUCUUGUUUCUCCAAAAUUUGGCAGUGGCACAAAAUCACCCGGUGUCGUAUGAAGCCGGAUCGAUAGAAGUUAGAAGGCAGCGUGAUGAGAUAGUGUCGCUUCAAUCCGCACCAACUUCAAACGCCACAGCGACACCACAUUCUCCUGAAGAGUACGGAAUUCCGUGUGAACAGAAUGCCACUUCGGAGCACGCAUCAAAACCAACCGGACGAGGUGACCGGAAUAAUGCUCACCAAUGUUUAGUAUGUGGAAAAACAUUUCAGUACCGUACGUUGUUAAUGCGGCAUCAGAAGUCUCACAACGAUCAUCAUGAUUUCCAAUGUGACCUGUGUUCAAACGCUUACAAACACCCAGCGGAUCUUCGUAGACACAUGAAAGCAAAACAUCCCAGUGAAUUUACUGGACCCUACAGAGUAUCGAGUGAACAAGUGCUAAAAUCACUCAGGGCGGGCAACCCAUGUUCGGAGUGUAACAAAUCCUUCAGAUCUUGGAAAGGUCUACGACGGCAUCAGAAAAUCAUUCACGAGGGGCAAGAUCGUUCAGUUUGUGAGGAAUGCGGUAAAACUUUUUCUCAGAAAGACGGCUUACGAAAACACGUUCAGACUGUGCAUAGCAAAUUAGGUUGUUUCACUUGUGCACAAUGCGGAAAAUCGCUCAGUUCUUCAUUCGCUUUAAGGAAGCACAUCAAUUCUAUGCACGAAUCUGUGCCGAAAGAUGAAUCUCUCUCGUGA